ACAUUGAUUACUGCCAUGUUUUGACUACGCUGCCUAGGCUCUAUCUCAAGGAAACUUGGGAUGAAGUUUGGGAAACUAGUGGGAGGUUCAAGGGGAUUUUUUUUAAGUCUUUACAACCUAAUAUUCCUAGUAAGCCAUGGUUUUCAUCUCUGAGGUUCGGUAAACAAGUUACUUCAUCAAUUAUUCGAAUGAGAUUGGGUCAUGUAUGCACACCUGUACAUUUGGCCAGGUUUAAUAUAAUUGAUUCAGAUUUGUGUGCUUGUGGGGAUGUGGGUGAUCUUAAUCAUAUUUUUUAUACCUGCCCUUUGAAUGACGUUUUUUCCUUUUAUAGUCAUCUGGUCUCCAUCCAUGUACCAUUUCCUACUUCUAUCAAAUCUCUUCUUUCAUGUUCUAAUCCUGAUAUAUAUACAGCUUUAUCUAUUUUCCUGUUAAAUAAUAAUUUGAAAUUAUAAAUCCUUAUACUUAUCCUAUCAUAGUAAUCCUAUCUGAUCCUUUUCCAAUUCCGUGAGUAAUGUCCUUUUAAAUCGUGAUAAACGUUUCCCUUUUUUAGUUAGUUUAGUGGCAUAUGCGCAAACAACGCGAUGCCAAAUAUAUUUAAAAAAAAAAGAUGUUUAUUUUUCACUACUAAUUAACGCAUAAUUAUUGAGGUUAUUUCAGAAUUCAAAUAUUUUAACUUUUAAAGAGUGUUUCAAAGAUUACCUAUAAAGUAAAGAAAAGAAAUGUUUACUAAUUACUUAAUCACCAUAUCGUAUUUAUUUAAAACUGAUUAGUAGUAUUUAGUUCGUUUGCAGUUCUAUGAACGCAGAAGUAAUAUAAUAACUAAGAUUAUUUCAAUACAAAAGCUUUAGAAUGGCAUUUCGUUGUUUAAAUCUAUUAAAAACAGUCAGAUACAGCAGUGUUAUAUUACGACAUAACAUGCUAUGUACAUCAAUUACCGAAAACAAAUAUAGCGAAAUUAAGAAAAAUAGAAAACAAGACAAUAUAGCGUUUCUUGGCGAUCCUGAUACCUUUGGAACGUUAAGUGGCCGAAUUAUUGACGAAAAAUUGGAAGAUGAUGGCGAUAUUAAAGAAGAAAUUUUUUUACAAAAUAUUCCAUUAAAUUCUCAAAAAUUAUCCACGAAACAAUAUGCAGAUUUAAUAAAGCAGUAUUUGAAAUACAAAAGAAUAAAAGAAGCAAUUGAUGUUUUAGAGGUAAGAAUGAUAAAAGAAGAUAGAGUUAAGCCUGAAAAUUAUAUUUAUAAUAUACUAAUUGGUGCUUGUGCCGAGGUGGGUUUUACUAAGAAAGCUUUCAAGUUAUAUAAUGAUAUGAAAAGAAGAGCUCUUAAACCAACAGGAGAUACUUAUACUUGUUUGUUUGAAUCAUGUAUUAAUUGCCCAUUUCCUUCAUAUGGUUUGAAAAUGGCGACUCAUUUGAGAAAUCUAAUGAUUGAAAAGGGUGUAGAACCAAAUAUAACAAAUUUUAACGUUAUGAUCAAGACAUUUGGUAGACUAUCAGAUUUGCCUACAGCUUUUAAAAUUGUUGAUGAGAUGAUGUCAAAAAAAAUUAAAAUAAGGGUGCAUACUUUUAACCACUUACUUCAAGCUUGCAUUGCUAAUAAAGAUUCAGGUUUGAAACUGGCUCUUAUCGUCUGGAGAAAAAUGUUAAAAAUGAAAGAGAAACCAAAUCUUUAUUCAUUUAAUCUUAUGCUCAAAUGUGUUAAAGAUUGUAAUUUAGGAUCUAAAGAAGAUAUGCUUGAAGUUAUUGGUAUCAUACAAGAACAUAAUUUGCUCUUUAAUAUAAAGCCACAACAAUUACAAAUUGAAAGUUGUGAACCUAAUCUCCCUACAAGUCAAUUGCAUUCAGAUAAAAAUCAGUCUGAAGAUAUUUCAAAAACUGAGUUGAAUUUGUCUGAUUUUAAAGAGAAUAAAUCACCAUUAAAUAACAAAUCUGAAAUUAAUAUGCAAGAUUAUAAAGAUAAUAUUAAGACAGAUUUUACCACAAAUAGCAGCUCAAAUGUAGCUACAGUGAAUCAAAAUAUUAGUUUUGAAUUGGUACAAAACCAUCAAAAAGCCCUUCCUAAAAUACCUGAAAGGAUUCUACCAAAUUUACUUUCAAAAAUUGUGCAAAUUGAUGAAGUCUUAGCUUUCCAAGAGGCACGUACAUCUCAGGAUAGAUUUGCUAUGAUAGGUGGACAAGAAGAUUUCCUAAAAGAAAUGGAGUCUUAUUCGGUUGCACCAGAUAUCAAAACUUUCUCACAGAUGCUUUAUGUCAUAGAUGAUAACACAGAUGCUGAGAACAAAUUAAUUGAAUCAAUGAAAGCCCAUAAAGUUAAAGCUGAUAUAGACUUUUAUAACAUGUUAAUAAAACGAAGAUGUCUUAGAAUGGAUUAUGAAAAUGCAAUUGAGGUGAAGAAUAUGAUAGAAGAGGAAAACAAAAAACGUAAACGGCACCCAUUGAACAAAAAAAAUAAAUUAAAAGCAAAUAUAAUGACCUAUGGGGUUCUAGCCAUGACUUGUAAUACAAGGGAAAAAGCAGAGCAAUUACUUACUGAGAUGCAAGACAAUCAAUUGAAAGUCAAUAUAGAAAUUUUGGGUACCUUGUUGAGAAAUGGUACUAGUAAAAUACAAUUUGGAUAUGUGUUAUACAUAAUGGAUGUUGUAAAACAAGAAAGAUUGAGAGUGAAUGAUGUAUUUAUAAGGCAUUUGGAGGUAUUUAAUGCUAAAUGUGUCAAACUUAUAGAGAAGAAUGAAAACGAACAGCAUGAGAGUCCCACAAUUAAGGCAGCCUUUACGAGAUUUAGCAAUAUUUAUAAGGAAUGGCUAAAAGAAAUUAACAUUGAAGAAGUAUUAAAACCAGAACAUCCCUGGAAGCAAUUCACGGAACCACAUCCCACAACAGUACAGCGAGAAAAUAUCCGAAUCAUUCAACCCAAAAAGUUUUAUAAGAGGAGUCGUAAAUUUAUUCAUUACAAACCUAAAGUGUAAAUUAAAUAUAUGAAAUAAAACAGAGUA